UUCCGCUAACCUAAACUUAACAUAUAAACGGAUUUUGUAUUUAAUAAUAUCAUUGUAAUACUUCCUUACAAUGCCGUUAGAUGUGCAGGGUACUUUCGUCUCACAAAAAAUAAAUAAAAUAAGAUGGAUCCCCGAAGAUUAUGUUGAAACUAAACAUUUUUUUACCGGAAGUUGGGAUGAUGAAGAAAAUUCUAUAAAAGUUUGGAGUUUUGAGUCUCUUAAUGAAGAUGAAGACGUUGAAUAUCCAAGACAAUUAUCUGAAUACAAGGUUGACGGGGAUGUUACUAAUAUAAAGUUUCUAGACAAGAACUCAAUUGCUGUUUCUAUUUCGAGCGGAGACGUUCGCAUAUUAGAAGUUAGCGCCUAUGAUAGACAGACUCCUUUAAGAGAAGUUCAUACUUGGCAAAAAUUACACAAUUUUAGCUCAGAGAAAUGUUCAUGUACAACAUUGGAUACCUUAGAAGGAGACAUAGCGAGCAUAGGCGAAGAUGGAAAUAUAAAUAUUUUAAAUAGUAGAAGAGGAGACAUAACACGAAGUAUUAAAGGAGCGGAUAGCUGCUCCUUGCAUGCAGUUUGUUUUAUUAAACUAAAUGAGGUAAUAACAGGUAACAUCCGAGGACACAUGAAAAUAUGGGAUUUAAGGUCAACAAAUGACAAACCUGUGGCAGCAUUUUUGCUAGCUGGAGAUGAGCUGGCAGCAACAUGUAUAACUCGUCAUCCUACUCAACCUCACAUUAUAUUAGCCGGCAGUGAGUCAGGAGCCCUUGCUAUGUGGGACCUUCGUAUGAACCAAUUCCCUACAUCUUUACUAAACGCUCAUGCGGCAGGUGUUACAGAAAUGCAAUUCCACCCUGAAAAUCCUAAUAAGCUGCUCACAAGCUCUGUUUCUGGAGAAAUAUGGGAUUGGAAUAUGGAAACAUUGACAAAAAAAGGUUUAGAUGAAUAUGUUCCAUUAGAUGAUAAAACUGCGUUAAAUGUUAAUUCACUAAUGCCAACUCUACAUAAGGCAAUCAAUUCUCUGCACUGCGACAGAGGAAGGAUACUCUGUGGUGCUGAUAAUGAAGCUAUCUACUUAAUUAAAAACUUCAAAUAUUGAAUUAUAUAUUUUUUUGUUUUUUGUGCAUUCCAAACAAGUAAGGCAUUUUUUCAACAAGAAUUCAGAAUCUUUUAAUGUUUUAUGUUUAAACAGAUUUAGCUAAUAAACCAAUUAACU